AUUCACCAUUAACGUUAUUCCUCUACCUCCUCCGUCUUUUGUCUGAAAUUGCAAAUCGUCAUCGGAUCGAAUGAUUCGGAGUAUAUGAUAUUGGAGAGGAAAGCAAAGGGUUUUGGCAGUAGUAAUAAGAGCUCAACUGAUUUGGCGGCUAUGGGUUUGGACGGCUAUGAGGGCGCCGCCGCUCCGACGACGGCUAGGGGUUUGGGCGCCGGAGCUAUGGAUGAUCAUUAUAGCCGUAGUAGUUCCAGCAUGGCUGCAUCAACCUCAAUCCCGAUCAAUUCCUCUAAUAUUGGCUUUCAGUUGCUAAAGAAGCAUGGUUGGAAAGAAGGAACUGGACUCGGUAUUUCCGAACAGGGCAGGCUGGAGCCUGUAGAAGGAUGUGUAAAGAGGAAUAAGCGGGGGUUGGGAGCAGAUAAAGGAAAGAAGACAAGUGAGCAUACAAAGAGUGAAAAAGCUGGGAAGGAAGUUAAAUUGCCGGUGAAAAAGAAAACAAAAGCUGUUUCUAAAAAGAUGAAGAAAAUACUGGAGUUUGAGAAGCAGUUGCAAGAGAAGGAACUAGUGAGGGAAUUCUACAGAGAAUUUUGGCCAGAUAAUGUUUGAUUCAUAUAUUUCAUCACCAAUUAUGAAGACUUGAUUCUGAUAUGUUUAGUGCAAUAGCCAUGAAUGGAAUUGUUGUGCUACAAUUCAUAAGAAUUAAAGCAAUAGUUUGCUAUUACUCUAGGUCGUCUAUGGCAUAGUUGUAUAUUUCCCCCAUUCCCUAAGUGAACUAAUUAUCUUCAGACACACGGACGGGGCUAAGCUAAAAAAUGAAAAGACUAUUUCAAUGAUGGCC